AUGAACGGUCGUUUGCGAGGACCUCGUCAAUUUGACUAUUUCGACCGCGCGUGUGUGACUCACCGUCUGCUUGUCACCCUCAUCCUCGAGCUUUCUCUGCUGUCGUCCUUGUCUUCCCCCACGAGCCUCAUUGAGUACUACGAUAGCCUGAGCAGCAUGGGAAGAAAAAGCAUUCUACGACCCGGACCAUACGUGCGGAAAGCUCGCAGCGGAGCUCGCUCCGAGAGCCUCAUCGCCGAAAGAUCCGGAAGCUCAAGUCUCGCUCAGCCUAUCGUCAUCGCCGAAGGAGCCGAAACCAAUAGUCUGUCUGAGCCUGCCGCUCUCAAACCUAUAACCGAAAGCUUCCCGACCACCGACACUCCCGACAGCAUGUCAGAAUCUUCACAACCGACCGGCUCAGAAGCCCAUAUGAUUGCCGAAGGCCCGCCGACCACCGAAACUCCCGCGACCAGCACGACGGCACCGUCUUCGGUUGAACCACCGAUCCGCUCAAAGCACUUCUACGAGAAUGCCACAGUUCAGCUCGUGGUCGAAGAUUGCGUCUAUGCCGUACACAAGUCUCUGCUCAAAAAGGCCUCGAAAUACUUUGUCACCAUCGUCGAAUCCAUCGAGCCGAUCCGGAUGGAUGAACUGAAGGCGCGGGAUUUCACGGCGUUCCUGAACGUCAUUUACGAGCCGCUAACCGACUUGUCGAUGGUUCCCGUGUCCCAACUGUUCGAGCUGUACGUUACAUCAGACUAUCUCCAAGCUGAUGCGAUCCGUGACUCGACCAGAAUGGUGCUUGAGGCACGCGGCAAGCACUGGGGCAACAUAGAAGACUUUAUGGCGGGCCUGAGCGAAACCCCUCUCAACGUUUCCUUCAACAAGCUUCGGUCACAGUGUAUCAAGUUCUUGAAAUCCGCCCUGGGGAAUGAUUGCGUGAAAGUCCUGUUAUACGCUGAAAUGUAUGGAUUUGACGAGGUGCUGUCGGAGGACUUGAAGGGCCUUUUGCCACGCAACGCAUACGCCGAUGUCAAUUUCCUCAGCUUGUCGUUGGAGCUACAGAACCGCAUAUUUUUCGAUAUGGUGGACGUUUCUUCUAAGUGUGACGAGAGCGCGGCACCAGAGUGA